GACUCGCUCCUCCUAGGGCUGUUCUUAGGUCAGGACUGUGUUGGAGGUGCGGACACUGGUUGUCGUCGCUGCCGCCUCCGUCGCUGUCUUCGUCGCUGCCGCUGGCGGUCACCAUGAACCCAGACCUGCGCAGGGAGCGGGACUCCGCCAGCUUCAAUCCGGAGCUGCUUACACACGUCUUGGAUGGCAGCCCCGAGAACACCCGGCGCCGCCGGGAAAUCGAGAACCUGAUUCUGAACGACCCAGACUUCCAGCAUGAGGACUUGAACUUCCUGUCUCGCAGCCAGCGUUACGAGGUGGCAGUUCAGAAGAGUGCCAACAUGGUGAAGAAGAUGAGGGAGUUUGGCAUCGCAGACCCUGGUGAAAUCAUGUGGUUUAAAAACUUUGUGCACCGAGGGCGGCCUGAGCCUCUGGAUCUCCACUUGGGCAUGUUCCUGCCUACCUUGCUUCAACAGGCAACUGAGGAGCAGCAAGAGCGCUUCUUCAUGCCCGCCUGGAACUUGGAGAUCAUUGGCACUUAUGCCCAGACAGAGAUGGGUCAUGGAACUCAUCUUCGAGGCUUGGAAACCACAGCCACAUAUGACCCUGAAACCCAAGAAUUCAUUCUCAACAGUCCUACUGUGACCUCCAUUAAGUGGUGGCCUGGUGGGCUUGGAAAGACUUCAAAUCAUGCAAUAGUUCUUGCCCAACUCAUCACGAAGGGGAAAUGCUAUGGAUUACAUGCCUUCAUUGCACCUAUUCGUGAAAUGGGGACCCAUAAGCCUUUGCCAGGCAUUACUGUCGGAGACAUCGGCCCCAAAUUUGGUUAUGAUGAGAUAGAUAAUGGCUACCUCAAGAUGGACAACUACCGUAUUCCCAGAGAAAACAUGCUGAUGAAGUAUGCCCAGGUGAGGCCUGAUGGCACGUAUGUGAAACCCCCGAGUAACAAGCUGACUUAUGGGACCAUGGUGUUUGUCAGGUCCGUCCUUGUGGGAGAAGCCGCUCGAGCUUUGUCUAAAGCAUGCACCAUUGCCAUCCGAUACAGUGCUGUGAGGCACCAGUCUGAAAUCAAGCCGGGUGAACCAGAACCACAGAUUUUGGAUUUUCAAACCCAGCAGUAUAAACUCUUUCCAGUACUGGCCACUGCCUAUGCCUUCCAGUUUGUAGGAGCAUACAUGAAGGAGACCUAUCAUCGGAUUAAUGAAGGCAUUGGCCAAGGGGACCUGAGUGAACUGCCUGAGCUUCAUGCACUCACAGCUGGGCUUAAGGCUUUCACCUCUUGGACCGCAAACACUGCUAUCGAAGCAUGUCGGAUGGCUUGUGGUGGACAUGGCUAUUCUCAUUGCAGUGGUCUUCCAAAUAUUUAUGUCACUUUUACCCCACUCUGCACCUUUGAGGGAGAAAACACUGUCAUGAUGCUACAGACAGCUAGGUUCCUGAUGAAAAAUUAUGACCAGGUACACUCAGGAAAGUUGGUGUGUGGCAUGGUGUCCUACUUGAAUGACCUGUCCAGUCAGCGCAUCCAGCCACAACAGGUAGCGGUCUGGCCCACUGUGGUGGACAUCAACAGCCUUGACAGCCUAACCGAAGCAUAUAAACUUCGUGCCGCCAGAUUAGUAGAAAUUGCUGCGAAAAACCUUCAAAGUGAAGUGAUUCACAGAAAAAGCAAGGAGGUAGCAUGGAACCUAACUUCUGUUGACCUCGUUCAAGCAAGUGAGGCACAUUGCCACUAUGUGGUAGUUAAGCUCUUUUCAGAAAAACUCCUCAAAAUUGAAGAUAAAUCCAUUCAAGCCGUCUUAAGGAAUUUAUGUCUCUUGUAUUGUCUAUAUGGA